UCGCUCGCUCGUCCGACCGACAAUAGCGGAGAUGGCGGACGGAUACGGCGGAGGCUGAGAGGCCAGGACAAUGUACUGGCGUGCUUCGGCUUCCUCGGGAGAGUUGGAGCGUCGCGCCUGGAAGCAAACAAGCCAACAACGAGCCCGAGACGAACGACAAAGGCCGAAAAACGACGACGACGCCAGCCGAGCCAUGGAACGUCCGAGCGCCCCGGCCACCGCCUGAGCCACUUGUGCGACGUCGAAGGAGGGAGGAAGCAGCGGCCGGCCGGCCAGCCAGCCAGCCAGCCAGGCCAGGAGUUUACGUUCGAGGCCGCCCGCCCGCCGCCGAGGUUGAGGUUGAGAAGGAGGCGCAGGCGCAAGCGCAAACGCAAACGCAGGCGGGUCGCUCGCUGGCUCAGCCAAGCCAAGCGAGCGAGAUGUUUUUGCUCGCUGGCCGCUGACGAGCAACGAGAGGCGGCGACGAGCGCAAGCCGACGAAGGACGAGGAAGAAGCCAGCGACCGUGAGCAGCAUGGCUGCGGUGCUGCGGACGCUCUUGUUUUCCACUUUUUGCCUCCCGCUGCGAGGCCAGCCGCUGCUGCUGUACGCCAACCGACGGGACCUGCGGCUGGUGGACGCGUCCCGCGAGCGCGCCAACGCCAGCGUGGUGGUGGGCGGCCUGGAGGACGCGGCGGCUGUGGAUUACGUCUUCUCGCAGGGGCUCAUCUACUGGAGCGACGUGAGCGAGGAGGCCAUCAAGCGCACUGUCUUGGACCGGGCGGGUGGCGGCAGCACGGUGCACACGGUGGUGCCCGGCCUGGCCUCACCCGAUGGACUGGCCUGCGACUGGCUGGCCGCCAAACUCUACUGGACUGACUCGGAGACCAAUCGCAUCGAAGUGUCGGAGCUGGACGGAAGCCUGAGGAAGGUUCUCUUCUGGCAGGAGCUGGACCAGCCCAGGGCCAUCGCCUUGGACCCCGCCAGAGGCUUCAUGUACUGGACCGACUGGGGCGAGAUCCCCAAGAUCGAGCGGGCGGGCAUGGACGGGACCGAUCGCUCCGUCAUCGUGGAGCGCGACAUCUACUGGCCCAACGGACUCACGCUGGACUACGAGCAGCGCAAGCUCUACUGGGCCGACGCCAAGCACAGCUUCAUCCACCGCUGCCACCUGGAUGGCACCAACAGGGAGGUGGUGGUGAAAGGCAAGCUGCCUCACCCGUUUGCCCUCACCCUCUUUGAGGACACGCUCUUCUGGACCGACUGGAACACGCACUCCAUCCACUCGUGCGCCAAGCACGACGGCGGCCGGCAGCGCGUGGUCCACUCGGACAUCUUUUCGCCCAUGGAUAUCCACGUCUUCAGCGCCAAGCGGCAAAGCCAGACGAGCACGCCGUGCUCUCUGGACAACGGCGGCUGCUCUCACCUGUGCCUGCUGUCGCCCGCCGAGCCCUUCUUCCGCUGCGCCUGCCCCACCGGAGUGCAGCUGCUGCACGACAACAGGACCUGCCGAGACGGCGCCACACGCAUGCUGCUGCUGGCUCGGCGGACGGACCUGCGCCGCAUCUCUCUGGACACGCCCGACUUCACGGCCAUCAUCCUGCAGGUGGACGACAUCCGGCACGCCAUCGCCAUUGACUACGACCCGGUGGACGGCUACAUCUACUGGACGGACGACGAUGUGAAGGCCAUCCGCCGCUCGCUGCCCGACGGCAGCGACGCCCAGUUGGUGGUCACCUCGCAGGUCAGCCACCCGGACGGCAUCGCCGUGGACUGGAUCGCGCGCAACCUCUACUGGACCGACACGGGCACGGACCGUAUCGAGGUCACCCGUCUCAACGGGACCAUGCGCAAGAUCCUGGUCUCCGAGGACCUGGACGAGCCCCGGGCCAUCGUGCUGGACCCCGUGGCCGGGUACAUGUACUGGACCGACUGGGGCCAGGUGCCCAAGAUUGAGCGCGCCGACCUGGACGGCACGGAGCGGCUGGUGCUGGUCAACACCUCGCUGGGCUGGCCCAAUGGCCUGGCGCUGGACUACGACGAGCGCAAGAUCUACUGGGGCGACGCCAAGACCGACAUGAUCGAGGUGAUGAACAUGGACGGGACGUCGAGGCGGGUGCUGGUGGAGGACAAGCUUCCUCACAUUUUUGGCUUCACGCUGCUGGGCGACUUCAUCUACUGGACGGACUGGCAGCGGCGCAGCAUCGAGCGCGUCCACAAGCACACGGCCGAGCGCGAGGUCAUCAUCGAGCAGCUGCCGGACCUCAUGGGCCUCAAGGCAGCCUACGUCCGCCGGGCCUUCGGCAGCAACGCGUGCGCCCACAACAACGGCGGCUGCAGCCACCUGUGCCUGUUCAAGCCGCAGGGGGCGCAAUGCGGCUGCCCCAUCGGGCUGGAGCUGAUCGCCGACAUGCGCACGUGCAUCGUGCCCGAGGCCUUCCUGCUCUUCUCGCGCCACACCGACAUCCGCCGCAUCUCGCUGGAGACCAACAACAACAACGUGGCCAUCCCGCUCACCGGCGUCAAGGAGGCCUCCGCCCUCGACUUUGACGUCACCGACAACAGGAUCUACUGGACCGACAUCACCCGCAAGACCAUCAGCCGGGCCUUCAUGAACGGCAGCGCCCUGGAGCACGUGGUGGAGUUUGGUCUGGACUACCCCGAGGGCAUGGCGGUGGACUGGCUGGGCAAGAACCUAUACUGGGCCGACACGGGCACCAACCGCAUCGAGGUGGCCAAACUGGACGGCCAGCAUCGGCAGGUCCUGGUCUGGAAGGAUUUGGACAGUCCCAGGGCGCUGGCGCUGGACCCGGCCCAAGGUUACAUGUACUGGACCGAGUGGGGCGGCAAGCCCAAGAUCGACCGAGCGGCGAUGGACGGGAGCGGUCGCGUCACUCUGGUGGCGGACGUGGGCCGAGCCAAUGGACUCACCAUCGACUACGCUGAGCGCCGCCUGUACUGGACCGACCUGGACACCACGCUCAUCGAGUCGUCCGACAUGCUCGGUCAGGACCGCGAGGUGAUCGCCGACGACCUCCCUCACCCGUUCGGCCUGACUCAGUACCAAGACUACAUCUACUGGACGGACUGGAGCCAGCGCAGCAUCGAGCGGGCCAACAAGACCAGCGGGCAGAACCGCACCGUCAUCCAGGGCCACCUGGACUACGUCAUGGACAUCCUGGUGUUCCACUCGUCCCGCCAGGGCGGCUGGAACGCCUGCGCCUCCACCAACGGCCACUGCUCGCACCUCUGCCUGGCCGUGCCUGUCGGGGGCUUUGUGUGCGGCUGCCCCGCCCACUUCUCGCUGGGCUACGACAACAAGACCUGCAACGCGCCGACGUCCUUCCUGCUCUUCAGCCAGAAGACGGCCAUCAACCGCAUGGUGAUGGACGAGCAACAGAGCCCCGACAUCAUCUUGCCCAUCCACAACCUGAGCAACGUGCGCGCCAUCGACUACGACCCGCUGGACAAGCAGCUCUACUGGAUCGACUCCAAGCAGAACGUCGUGCGUCGCGCCCAGGAGGACGGCAACCAGAGCAUGACGGUGGUGUCGGGCCUGCAGCUGUACGACCUGAGCAUCGACAUCUACAGCCGCUUCAUCUACUGGACCAGCGAGCUCAGCAACGUCAUCAACGUCACGCGCACCGACGGCGGCCGCGUGGGCGUGGUGCUGAGGGGCCCGCACGACAAGCCGCGCGCCAUCGUGGUCAACCCCGAGCGAGGGUACAUGUACUUCACCAACCUGCUGGAGCGCUCGCCCACUAUCGAGCGCGCGGCGCUGGAUGGGACGGAGCGCGAGGUGCUCUUCUUCAGCGGCCUGGGCAAGCCCGUGGCGCUGGCCGUGGACAACGAGCUGGCCAAGCUCUUCUGGGUGGACUCGGACUUGCGGCGCAUCGAGAGCAGCGACCUGUCAGGCGCCAAUCGCAUCGUCAUCGCCGACUCCAACAUCCUGCAGCCUGUGGGCCUGACAGUGUUUGGCAAGCACCUGUACUGGAUCGACAAGCAGCAGCAGAUGAUCGAGCGCAUCGACAAGACCACGCGCAAGGGCCGCACCAAGAUCCAGGCGCGGGUGGCCUACCUCAGCGACAUCCACGCCGUGCGCGAGCUCGACAUGAGGGACUACGGUAAACACCCGUGCACGUGGGACAACGGCGGCUGUUCGCACAUCUGCAUCGUCAAGGGUGACGGCACCAACCGCUGUUCCUGUCCCGUCCACUUGGUGCUGCUGCAGAACGAGCUGUCCUGCGGAGAGCCUCCCACGUGUUCCCCGGAGCACUUCUCGUGCCGUUCGGGCGAGGUGGACUGCAUCCCUCAGGCGUGGCGCUGCGACGGCUACGCCGAGUGCGACGACAUCAGCGACGAGGUGGACUGCCCGGUUUGCUCGGACAGCGAGUUCCAGUGCGACAGCCGCCAGUGCAUCCAGCUCAGCCUUCGCUGCAACGGCGAGGUCAACUGCCAGGACCGCUCCGACGAGAACAAUUGCGAAGUGCGCUGCCCGUCGGACCAGUUCGCCUGCGCCAACGGCCAGUGCGUCGGCAAGCACAACAAGUGCGACAACAACGUGGACUGCGCCGACAACUCGGACGAGAUCGGCUGCUACUCCACGGAGGAGCCGCCCCCGCCCAACAACACGGUGGGCUCCAUCGUGGGCGUGGUGAUGGCGCUCUUCCUGGUGGGCGCCGUCUACUUUGUGUGCCAGCGCGUGCUGUGCCCUCAGAUGAAAGACGACAGCGAGACGGUCGCCAACGACUUUGUGGUCCACGGGCCUUCCUCGGUGCCGCUGGGAUACGUGCCGCACGCCGCCCCCCUGUCCGCCUCGUUGCCAGUCAUGUCCGGGGGCAAGUCGGCCAUCGGCUCGCUCAGCAUCAUGGGCGGCAGCAGCGGCCCGCCGUACGACCGCGCCCACAUCACCGGCGCCUCAUCCAGCAGCUCGUCCAGCACCAAAGGCGCCUACUUCCCUCCGAUCCUGAACCCGCCUCCUUCUCCCGCCACCGUCCGCUCGCAGUAUACGCUGGAGUUCGGAUACUCGUCCAACAGCCCGUCCACGCACCGAUCCUACAGCUACCGGGCGUACACGUACCGCCACUUUGCCCCUCCCACCACGCCGUGCAGCACCGACGUGUGCGACAGUGACUACACGCCGGGCCGCCGCGCGCCGCUCAAGUCUGCGGGCGGCCGCGCGGCGGCCAAAGACUACGCCAGCGACCUCAACUACGAUUCUGAGCCUUUCCCGCCGCCGCCCACGCCGCGCAGCCAGUACCUGUCGGCCGAGGAGAACUGCGAGAGCUGCCCGCCGUCGCCCUACACCGAGCGCAGUUACUCGCACCACCUCUACCCGCCCCCGCCCUCACCCUGCACGGACUCGUCCUGAACCCGUGACGAAGCUCGACCCCCUCCCUCCCCCCAGUGUAAAUAGCAAUUGUGCAUAAAUGAGGUUAAAAAUGGGAACGCCAGGCCGGCUGCUGCGGAACAUUUGUACAUUGAAAAAGAGGAAAACAUUUAUAUAUUUUCUAUACAGCGUUUACUGAUGAUGCUAUAGAGGUUUGUAUUCUGACGUUUGUACAUUUUUUAAGAAAAGCUUUUAUUCAAAUCACACACAGAGAAGUUGCCUUAAAGGACACACUACGCCAAAUACGGAGCGUCCGCCAUUCCAGCCGCCCCAUCCCUGCCGGUUCGCCCCGAGCGCCAUCCCUGCCGGUUCGCCCAAGAAAACCCCCACCAAUCGCCCCCCCCCCCCCCCCCCCCCAGUCCCAAUCGAGCAGCCAUCUUGUGCCUGAGCAAUUGAACAGCAAGUGUUUUUCAGCAGCGCAGCAUUGCUGUGCGGUGCGUUCAUAAGCUAUACGUUAUCGAGAAGCAGCAGCAGCCGCUACCUUGUAAAGCGCUCUUUCCUCGUUUUCUAUCUCUCAUGAGCGUGACCAUGUUUGUUCUCUUCUGUUGCGUACCUCAACCUGCGGAAAGAAUGACAUUGAGCCGUCACUCGGAGCCACGGUUCCCGGCCCUUCCUUGUGACAGUUUGCGAAGCCGCCGGCUCAGCAAAUACGGCGGCGCGUUUGGCCCCGGCUUGGUGUCUUUUCUGUUAUUCAGCGUUUGGUUGUUCAUCCUCUACUUUGGCCCAUCCGGCUGCCACCGUUAGCCGCUCCUGUCCUUCUCCUUCCUUUUGUCCAACAUAAAGUGAGUGACCUUGUACUUUC